GAGAAGCCAAAUAUAAUGAAUUCAUUAAUCUUAAAUUUGUUAAUGAUCUAGCAGCACGUCUAGGAAAUGAUGGUGUUUUUUUUCACACUAGUACAAACAUAGCUUGUAAUUAUAUUAACUACAAAUUAAACGAAAGUUUGAGGAAGCAUCAUAGUUAUAAAUAUAAGAGAGAUUAUAGUAUUUUUAAGGAGUUUUCAAGGGAAUUUUCUUACCAAAUAUAUAAUAAUUAUCAUGCCGAUAGUUCAUGUGAAAAUUAUAUAGAAUACCUAGAUAAUGACAUAUAUAAUAGAAUAUCAAUCUUAUAUCAAAUUUAUUAUUUCUAUAAUGAGCUUAAAAGUCAAAAUGAAUACAUAAAUACAAAUUCCAAGGGUAUGUUAUGUGACAACAUUAAUUUGUUAGUUCGCUUAUCUAAUGAUGCUAUAAAUGAGAACAAAAUAAAUAAUGAAUCUAUUAGUGUAAUAAAAAUUUUAAGAAAAU